UCCCGAAUGCUCACGUGCCCUUAUAUCAGUCUGAGAAGAAAGCUUCAGAGCCCAUUGGAACGUAAUAAUCAACGCAGGCCCUUCUUGUCUUCUGAUAAGCUGUAGAGCAAGAAUUUUUCCCUUUCUUGUUCAACAAGAUGCAGGAGGAAGUGGGAACUGGAUUUUUCUUCCAUUUUCACACGAGGAAAACAGUGUCUAUUCGAUGGGUCUUGUGAUUUUGCUGCCAGGUUGGGGGGUUGUGUCAAUCUUUUGUGCUUGCUCCUGCAGUUGGCUGGGCGUGUAGUUUGCCGAUUGUGAUGUGCCGGUACAUGUAACUUCAUUUGUUUCUCAUGCAGGAAAGUGCUCGACAUUUUUUCUCUGAAGGACUUUUUGGAUUGAUGUGUGUGCUUUCGGGCAUUUUGGUGUACUGUUUGGGGAACAUGGAGGUCUUUAGUUUCAAAUCUCUUUGUAGUUUGCUUUGAAAAGAGAUUGUGCAUUUGUUCGAACACAGAUUUUGGAAAAGGGGAGGCCAGGGGUUGUGUAGUAGCCCAAUUUUUAGUUGGUAUCUGGUUUCCAACUGCAUCUGUUAUGAUGUGAAUUCAGAAUUCCGCCUUUUAAGUUGGUGGUUCUUGAUAUAUAUAGGCAAGUUCUUACCUAUGGUUUUGCAGCCUGAACCUUAGUUUUUGGGUGUUUUCUAAUUUUCUUGAGAGGCUGCAAGGGGUGUUGUUUCAUGCUUUUGUUGCUGGAGAGCUAGUUCUCUUGCUUCUAGUUUUAGGUUUUCUAUUUUGGUUGGUAAAAAAUGGAAUAAGACAGUUUACAUGAGUAAAUUGCUCCAUUUUGCAGGAAAAAAAAAUGCAAUAGAUACAUUACCGCAUGCCAAGCAUGGUCUACCUUUCUUCAGCAGUGUUCAAAAUUAUCGCCCUUAUUAUUUUCGUUCUCUGUUUGGAACUGCACUUUGGAAAUGCACAAGCCUGGAUAAGAGCAGGUUACUGGUAUUCUGGAUUUGGAUCUCUGGUUUCCGACAUAAAUUCAUCUCUCUUUACUCACCUCAUUUGUGCUUAUAUUGAUCUCAACUCUUCCACCUACCAGCUGUCCAUUCGCUCCUCCAAUGAAAAUUAUAUCUCUACUUUCACUGAAGUCGUUAAGCAAAAGAAUCCAUCAAUUACAACUCUGCUAGCCAUCUGGGGUGGAGAAAUUAACUCUUCUUCGGCCUUUUCUUCAAUGAUCAGCCACCCUUCUCACAGAAAGGCUUUCAUUGAAUCUUCCAUUAAAACAGCUAGGCUUUAUGGGUUUCAUGGUUUAGAUAUUUCUGGGUUUGCGCCAUCCACAGCCUCCAACAUGACUGAUUUGGGAACCCUCCUUGAUGAGUGGCGAGCUGCUGUAAAACUUGAAUCGUCAAACUCUAGCAAGCCACAACUGAUACUGACAAUGACCGCUCACUACCUGCCAACUUAUAAGUCUGGGAAUUAUCCAGUGGCCUCCUUGCGGAGGAAUUUGGAUUGGGUGAUAAUUAAGGCAGUUAACUAUCAUGGACCUUGGGAUAGUUUCACAGCACCUCCUGCUGCGUUAUAUGACCCUUCCGGCAAUGUUAGCACUGAUAUUUGUAUAAAAGAAUGGAUUAGUAGAGGGCUACCUGCAAACAAGCUGGUUCUGGCAUUAUAUUAUUUUGGUUCUGCAUGGACGCUUAUGAACCCUAAAGACAAUGGUAUUGGGGCGCCUGCAUCAGGAGUUCCAGCAAUUACACAAGAUGGAUAUGUCGGCUAUAAAGACAUCAAGCAGUUCAUUCAAAAUUACAGAGCCACGUUGGUGUACAAUUCAACCUAUGUGGUAAACUACUGCACCCAAGGAUCAAUUUGGAUUGCUUUUGAUGAUGUUGAAGCCAUCAAAACUAAGGUCUCCUACGCAAGAGAGAAGGGGCUACUUGGCUACAUUAUGUUUGAAAUCUCCCAAGAUUAUAAUUGGGUGCUGUCUAAGGCUGCAGCUCAAGAAGACAAUAAAGAUUGGAAAAAGAAGCUGCAGUGGUGGUUGAUUAUUUUGCUACCAAUUGUUACUAUUACCCUUAUACUAGGCUUUGCCAAGUGUUAUGUACAACGAUUGAAAGGCAUGAUGAGCAGAAAAAAGUUUAAUAACAAUGAUCCUAAUCUGCAAGUUUUCUGUUGUACUGACAUUAAAGCUGCUACAGAUAACUUCUCAAGUGAAAAUAAGCUAGGAGAGGGUGGAUUUGGACCUGUCUACAAGGGCAAAUUACGUUCUGGACAAGAAAUAGCAGUAAAGAGGCUUUCAAAAACUUCUAAGCAAGGACAGAAUGAGUUUGAAAACGAAGUUACUCUCAUCGCAAAGCUACAGCAUGUAAAUUUAGUAAGACUUCUAGGAUUUUGUAGCAAAGGGAAAGAAAAGAUGCUGAUUUAUGAGUACAUGCCAAACAAAAGCUUGGACUUCUACAUCUUUGAUCCAAUUGCACAGUCAUUAUUAAAUUGGAACAUGCGCGUUCACAUCAUUGAAGGGGUUAUUCAAGGGCUUCUAUACCUCCAAGAAUACUCCAGAUUAACAAUACUUCACAGAGAUUUGAAAGCGAGCAACAUUUUACUCGACAACGAGAUGAGGCCUAAGAUAUCAGAUUUUGGUAUGGCUAGGAUUUUUGAGAAAGAUGAACACGAAAAAAACUCAAGCCAGAUAGUUGGGACAUAUGGUUAUGUUCCCCCAGAAUGUGUGAAAAAUGGUAUUUAUUCCGUGAAGUCCGAUGUCUAUAGCUUUGGAGUUUUGCUGUUGCAAAUCAUUAGUGGCAGGAGAAAUGACUGUACCUAUGGUACCGGUGAAAAUCUAAACCUCACAGAACAUGCAUAUGAGUUGUGGAAAGCUGGUAAAGGUAUGGAGUUCAUGGAUCCCUCACUGGAUGAUGCUUCAUCAACAUGUAAACUGAUGAGGUGCAUGCAGGUCGCUCUGCUGUGUCUUCAGGAAAAGCCAGAGAAUAGACCAUCAAUGUUGGAAGUCUACUCAAUGCUUAAAAAUGAAGCUGCAGUUAUUGCUAUUCCUAGAAGGCCGGCUUUCUCAGUAAAAAUAAACUCGAUAAAAAUAGAUAAAUAUGGGGAAAAUAGAGCUGGAUUGCAGCAAGAAAUAGUUUCAAUCAAUGAUGCCACAUUUUCUGAAGUGGUACCACGAUGACAUUGCUACUUUUGGUGAGACAUAGUAUAUCGAGCCAUAUGGUAAAGCUCUUCUUGACAUCUAAGCAUGUUCCAAUUGAAUUGUAGAUAACACGAUACCACGAUUAAUUCUUUUUUUCUUUUUUGUUUAAUUCCAAUUGGUGUACUCUCUGUUUAUCUGAAAAAUUAGUAUUAACAUAAUACUUUCUUCAAUAAAGAAGUUUAUGAUCAUAUGUCA